GGGCGGGGCUGCAUGGAGGAAGGCAGCGAGGACAGGCUCCUGCGAAGCGGAUUCUCUGGGGAUUUGUUGCCUGAGCUAGCAGGCGAGGGAGGGGGACGGGGAGAGUGUUGUUGUGUGUGCGCGCAGAGCAGCUGAACAGGAGCCUGCCUCCGCCGGGGGACCAUGCUGUUGAGGUGGCUACUGUGCUUGCGCUGCCAGUGGGCGGCCUGCAGCUGUGCACUUUGGGUGGCGGACUGAAUUGCAGCAGCACAAGCUGCCUACGAUCUCUGCAAGCUCUUCUGCGACGGCUGCUUGUUGCAGAGCUCUGGCAGCCAGCUAGUUCACGAGUCUGUUGCUGUUGCCUGCUGUUCAUCUUCAGAGCUACCCGCCCUGCCAGGGGACCAGGGUGGGUAGGAUCGUCGCUUCACUCGCGUGGCAUCUUUGCAAAGAGCCUACCUAGUAUCAGCGGCGGCCAGAAAUGCUCGAUCCGGGGUUGAAGAGAUCAGUCCUACCAGUCAGUUUCUGCAGGGAGCAUAUGUGGCCCUGAGGCAUUGACUGGAGCACAAAAUCUCAGAUACUUCACCUCACACUUUUUACUGGUUGUUUAUUAUGGAGACCAAGGAAGAGAAGAAAGAACGGAGGCAAGGCUAUUUUGCCCGCUUGAAAAAGAAGAAACUGGGUAAACCAAAUACAGAUGCAGCCUCUGCUAAUGCUUGUGGAACCCCUGCGUGCAGAACGCUGGCUGGAAAAGAUGAUGGAAGCAAAGUAAUAUUGGCACAAACAAAUGGCUCUCAAGAAAACUGCAAAGUUUCUGGGGAAAAGCAGGACUAUAUCACUGAUGGAGAGAGAAAAAAGAAAAAAAGCAGUCAGCCAAAGGAUAUUAGGCGCACAGAUCUUAAGCGAUACUAUAGUAUUGAUGACAAUCAAAUCAAAACCAAUGAAAAGAAAGAAAAGAAAAUGGUUUCUCAGAAACCCCAUGGUACAAUAGAAUAUACGGCUAAAAGCCAAGACACUCUUAACAGCAUAGCUCUGAAGUUUAACGUCACACCAAAUAAACUUGUGGAACUCAAUAAGCUUUUUACACACACAAUUGUUCCAAGCCAGGUUCUGUAUGUACCAGAUAAUGAGCCUGUUUCCACUACUGCAAAGUUUGCUGCUUCAAGUCCUAGUGCUCCUGUUUCACCUUCAUCAUCAGAUGCAGAGUACGAUAAGCUUCUGGAUGCUGACUUGGCAAGAAGGGCUUGCAGACCACUCCAAAGAGUCCUGUCCUCCACCUCAGAGGAAGAUGAGCCAAUUUGUUACAAGUUUUUAAAAAUGAAUUGUCGGUACUUCACAGAUGGCAAGGGUGUAGUUGGAGGAGUCAUGAUAGUCACUCCCAACAAUAUCAUGUUUGACCCUCACAAGUCGGAUCCUCUGGUGAUUGAGAAUGGCUGUGAAGAGUAUGGGCUCAUAUGCCCCAUGGAGGAGGUUGUUUCGAUUGCACUCUACAAUGAUAUCUCGCACAUGAAGAUCAAAGAUGCUCUGCCCUCCGACAUUCCAAAGGAUCUUUGUCCUCUGUACAGGCCUGGUGAGUGGGAAGACCUUGCUUCUGAGAACGAGAUUAACCCUUUCAGCAAAUUUAAAUCUAUGAACAAAGAGAAGAAGCAGCAGAAGGUAGACAACGUUGCCACUCUGAAUUCCAAACUAAUAAAGCCUUCAAACAAGGAGAAAUCUACAGAUUUUGAACUGCUUAAAACUUCUGAGAGUCCUUCCUUGGUGACAUCCAGAUCAACGGAAGCAUCCAGGGACUCUGUCACCAGUGAACCUUCAAAAAGAGUCACUUUGGAAGUAUACACUACAGAACAUUCUGGAGAGAGAGAUACUCUGGAUCUAACCAAAGAUAAUUCUCUUCUAGGAGAAGAUGGCUUUAUUGAAUUAGAAGCGAUUUCAUCCCAGACUGACAGGAAAGUUGUCGGAAGAGCUGAUAAUCCUAGUGACUGCAAAACAACAGAAGAAGUUAGAUUGCAAGCAACAAAUAAAGAAAACUGUGAGCAAUCAGCUUUAGAUUCAUCUGGGACAAAGCAUGAGGUAGUCCCUAAAGAGGUUCUUGAUCUAGAGUCUUGUGAGAAGCUAGAUGUGGUGCCUGAAAUUCACAAGGGAGGGAAUUCACCAACAAAUAAGUUGGAGACUACCCUGGAUGCAAACAAGGAGCUGAAUACAGAUAAAUUUAUAGAAUUUUACUUCAGUAAAGAGAAGGAUAAGUUGCAGUCUACUGAUGAUUUAUGUAAAAUUGCACUCAAGGAAGAAAGGAACAAUAAACCUGUGGGCAUAGAUCUCACACUUAGCUCUUCACAAUCCCAAGUCACCGAAGUUCUUACAGGCAAAUGGACAGGACCUGACGUGUGUUCUGUUGAAAGGAAAGAGCCAUUUCCAGAAGUUGGCUCAGCAGGAGCUGAGAAAAAAGAGCAUGAAGAAUCUGUAGCAUCUGCUUUGACAUCAGAUAAUAAAUCUGAAAUUAGAUUGUGGCUGCUGCAGAGAAUCCAGGUGCCAAUUGAAGAUAUGCUUCCCUCAAAAGAGGAGAAAAGCAAGACUCCUCCAAUGUUUCUGUGCAUCAGAGUGGGCAAGCCUAUGAGGAAGUCAUUUGCUUCUCAAGUCACCACCAUGGCUCAGCAGUAUGGCAAAAGAAGGAAGCAACCAGAGUACUGGUUUGCUGUUCCUCGGGAAAGGGUGGAUCACCUGUAUACGUUCUUUGUUCAAUGGUCACCAGAUGUGUAUGGCAAAGAUGCUAAGGAACAAGGUUUUGUAGUGGUCGAAAAGGAGGAACUUGAUAUGAUAGACAACUUCUUCAGUGAACCCUCAACAAAGAGCUGGGAGAUCAUUACUGUGGAAGAGGCAAAACGUCGAAAGAGCAUUUGUAGCUAUUGUGAAGAAGAAUAUGAUGAUACUUUACCCGUCUUAAAAAACCAGAGUGUGCUGUUAGAAAAUAUGCACAUAGAGCAGCUUGCCCAGCGCCUACCAGCAAGAGUUCAGGGAUAUCCGUGGAGGCUUGUGUACAGUACACAGGAACAUGGAACCAGCUUGAAAACUCUGUAUCGUAAAUCAGCUUCUCUUGAUAGUCCAGUCCUCCUUGUCAUCAAAGACAUGGACAACCAGAUAUUUGGAGCUUAUGCAACCCAUCCUUUCAAGUUUAGCGACCACUAUUAUGGCACAGGAGAAACUUUCCUUUAUACAUUUAAUCCUCUUUUCAAGGUUUUUAAGUGGAGUGGAGAGAACACCUAUUUUAUCAAUGGAGAUGUAACCUCAUUAGAACUCGGAGGUGGAGAUGGCCGGUUUGGUUUAUGGCUAGAUGCUGAUUUGUAUCACGGUCGGAGCAACUCUUGCAGUACAUUCAAUAAUGACAUCUUAUCCAAAAAAGAAGACUUUGUUGUACAGGAUGUGGAAGUGUGGACAUUUGAGUGACAUACUCUCUACCUUUAAAAAGCUGGACUUGGGUUUACUGAGCACUUGUUGAAAAUCGGAAUGUAGGCUGCCUCACAAUGUAACCUGCUUUUUCCCCUGCCUGAAAUCAGACCAGAGCCUGACUACACAACAAAAAGAUUUUAAAGGCAAAAAUUGGAAAGAUAACUACUACAAAAAUGACUUCGCUAAUGUCUUAUUCCCACCUUAGGAAUGUUCCUACAUUAUGGAUGGAUGCAAGAUAUUUUGUGGAAGGCAUUUACAAUACAUGAAUUUGUUUAAAGCAGUCUAAUUAUUUUCUGUAACUGUGAAAGAAUACUGUGGAAAAGUAUAGACCUGCAUAUUACAUUCCAUGUGUAUUUUAUUCUGCUUGAGUGAAAACCAAAAAGAGGAGAAGUUGUGCUACUGAAUUCUACAGCAUAUGGUAGUACAGUGGUAUUCAUCAUUUGAAAUAAUGUAUACAGCACUUAGAGAGCAUUUUUUUUAAAAAAAGGGAACAUUAUUUAUUGCGUGUAUAGUACAUUUUUAUGAAAUGUAGGCAUGUUUUUUCCCUUAAUUCAAAUCUCAAAAUGUGCUAAAAAAAUAAUUGAUUAAGCAGAUGUAAAGUGUUGGUGAUUAUUUGGUUUCUUUGUUUUUAUAUUUUGUUGGCUUUUUUAAUUUUGUAAAAGAAACAUCUUUGUUGCUUUGCCCUAAUUAUUUUAGGGGUCUUGUUUUUUGUCAGAAACAUGAAUGCAUAAUUCUAGAUGAUUUGAGAUAUGGCAUUGGCAGUGCAUAUUAUCAAUAUCAAACAUACUUGGGGGGAGAGAGAGAGAAACUGAUAUCAAGGAGGAUCCUGUGGAAGUACAUAUGAGCUACUUUGGUCAAUUGUAUUGUUGUCAGAAAUAAAAAUUUAAAUUGUACUGUGCAAAGUACUUGAACAUUUUUGUUAGAUAAAACUAUGGCAGUGUCAUGCCCAACCAGUUUAUUCUCCCUCGCUCCGCCACCCUUUUAAAGAACAUUCUCUUAAAUUUGAACUUAGAGGUUGAUUUCUGCUUUUAUAACAAAGAUCCCCCCCCACCCUUUUCUGCUCAUUUUUGUUAAUGACAUUUGCAUGCAUUUGUUGAAGGACACAGUACUUGAGAACAGGGGCCGACAUCCAAACUAAUGGUGCACCGAUGUGCCAUUUCCAGCAAUCUCCCCUUCCCUCUGUAGUAACCUAUGCCUCCCAAAACUGUGUCCCCUGAGGGUCCUCCAACUCUUAGGAUAGGCACAAGUGACUUCUGAGGAUGGAGACUGCCAAAAAUCUUCUUCUCCCCCACUUGACAGAAAAUGCUGGUGUCUUGGUGUGUACCAUUAGUCUGGAUGUCAGCUGCUGGAUCCAAACUCAGCUUGGCAAAUUUAGUAAACAGAAUUAAGUAGCUGCAAGUUACUUGAAGCAGGAACACUUUUGAUUGCCUCUUAUAGAAAAUUUUGGUUAGAAAAAUAAUUGAAAAGAUAAGGCUGUGCUCUCUUGAACAGCUUAGAAAUACUGUAACUUUUUUUAAAAAAUUAAAGGUUCAUGUUUUUUAAAAGUGGUGAUUUUGCCUCUGUACUUAAAAAGCACCAAUUAAUUAAAAAAAUGCACUAAGGCUAUUCAACCAACCAUUGGCAGGGCAGGCAGGGGAAGGCUGUGCUGAAUUUACCUUCCCCUCAGACGAUCUCCUUGUCCUUCCUGCUGCUUCCUGGCCGUGCUGCUUGGCUGCAUGAGCGGCUCUCUCAGGAGCCACACAACUUUCUAGAGGUCAGGAAUCCCACCAUGCACCAUACAGCAAGCGGUGGGGGAUUUCCCUGCCAGACAGACACUCUAGGUGCCCGUCUCUGAGUCUGCUUGGGCUGCAAGUAGCCCAAGCAAACACACGAUCCUGGUCAGGUUAAAGACAUGCUUGUGCCCUUAACCCUGGCUAAAGGCCUGGGCUAGGCUGCCCGUGAGAACAGCCUUGUUAUGUAUGUCAUCCCUUAGGAUGCUUUCACAUGGUACUUAUCCCAAAUUAGACUGUAACCUGGCGUUCCCGGGCCCCGUUCAGGAUUGCAUUACUUCCAGUUAAUGUGGCAAUAAUUAGGACUAGUCAGGAUCAAUUUGGAGAAAUAGGUCUGAGCCACUGAAGAACUGUGUUUAUAUUUCCUCCAUACUCUCCAUGUUAUGUUAUAUGACUGGUCAGCUGGACCCAGGUUAAAAAAAUUCUAUGGGAAAGCACACUUAUUUCUUGUUUUGUUUUAUAUGCAGAAAUGAAAUUAAUACAAAAAUGUGUUUUUUAAAAAAGUCCUAGGACAUUUGUUCACGGCUGGCCAUUUCGCUUUUCACAUUUCUUCCCACUGGGUAUUCUGACCGUCAUAGUUCUGUGACAGACCUUCACUGUAAUGUAUAAGCUAUUAGCAUAACACUUUGGAAACCUACCAGGAACCUCGUAAAAGAUGGUUUUACCAAUGACAGGUCACUUGCUAGUUGAAAGCAAAAGGUUUUUGAUAUUUGACAUAUUCCACUACUGUUACCUGCAGGAUAUUCCAUUUAUAAAUAUUAUACUUGUCAGAGCAUAUCUGAAAUGUUUGUGUUCUAUAUUCAAAACAGUGUUGUCCUAUCAAAAUUCUGUGACCUUUCAAAUCUAUGAAUCUUUAAUAUAUGUAAUGCAGUGCUAUUGCAACAUUUUCAAUAAAGAGAUUUAUGCAUUCA